UUUGCAGUAUUAAGAACAUUGUUUUAAGUGCAAAAACAAAUUGCAGCAAGGCUGUCUUCAUUAAAUUAUAAACACAAAAUGUCUGAGAUUGUAAAAGAAGGUUGGAACAAGUAUCUCCUCCAGCUCCAACUCCAUCCUCUUCGGACCAAGGCUAUAACAGCUGGAGUUUUGGUUGGGUCUAGUGAUAUAAUUGCUCAAAAGAUUUCUGGGAAUAAGAAGCUUCAAUUGAAAAGAAUACUUCUAUUAGCUUUAUAUGGGUUUGCAUACUCAGGACCAUUUGGGCAUUUUCUGCACAAGUUGAUUGAUUAUCUGUUCAGAGGAAAGAAGGGCAACAAAACUGUUGCUACCAAGGUCUUGUUGGAACAGUUAACCUCUUCUCCUUGGAACAACAUGCUUUUCUUGAUGUACUAUGGCUUAGUGGUUGAAGGGAGGCCAUGGAGUCUUGUGAAAAAGAAGGUUCGGAAGGACUACCCCUCUGUGCAGUUGACUGCUUGGAAGUUUUGGCCAGUAGUCGGGUGGAUCAACUACCAGUACAUGCCCCUGCAGUUGCGUGUUUUAUUUCACAACUUUGUUGCCUCAUGCUGGGCAAUAUUUUUGAAUCUGAAAGCAAGAUCAGUUGCAAUUAAGAAGGCAUAAUUUGGAUGGUUAAGAGACUAGACGAUAUCGUUGUCCUAAGCUCUUCCAUGUUUCAUGAUUACUCUUCCUAAUUCUUACUAUUCAGUUCUCUUUUUUAAAAAUUACAUUAAUGAAUUCCUCUCUUGCUUAGCUUGUGUCACGUCUCUAUGUAUAUGAGGUGCAGUAAAUUUUAUUUCCUUCCAAUACGCACAUAAAAUGUUAAACCACACAAAUUUCAAAUUCGCCAUUCAUUUUUAAAGGCUAUUUUAAGCCAAAAGGAAAUAGAGUGUGUAUGCAAUCUUCCCUGCCAUUUUUCCACAAAA